AUAUGUUUGUUCCCCUCUCUUCUUUGGGAGGUUAAAAUUCUUCUAUAUAUAUUGAAGAACAUAUUGGCUAUCCCAGCAUAUUUUCAAAGCUCUACAUAUUUACAUUACAAAUUACAUACAAAUAAAGAGAAAUAUAAAGUUAUAAUGUGGAAGCCAGUUUUGGUUAUGAUUCUAGUUAAUUUAGCUUUAGCUUUUGUCAAUAUAUUUCUGAAGAAGAUUCUUAAUGAAGGAAUGGACCAUUUAACCAUUUUAACAUAUCGACAGGCAAUUUCAGCUAUUUGUUUGGCACCUAUUGCUUGCUUCUUUGAAAGGGAAAGCAAGAUAAAUGGUCAUAUUAUAUGUCUGCUUUUCUUUAGUGCUCUUGUAGGAGCAACACUCACACAAUACCUCUAUCUUGUUGGACUUAAAUAUACAUCAGCAACAUUCGCAUCUGCAUUCCUCAAUACGGUGCCUGUAUUCACGUUCAUUUUGGCACUGCCAAUGGGGAUGGAAAAAAUGAGCAUGAAAAGCAAGAGUGGUAAAGCCAAAAUCUUGGGAACUUUUGUGUGUAUUGGUGGAGCUUUGGUAUUGGUCCUUUAUAAAGGAAUGCCCAUAAUCAACCCACAAUCUCAUAACAUAGCAGGCAAAGCCACAACACCAGAACCAGCCUCCAGUUUAAAGAAAUGGAUUAUGGGUUCAAUAUUUCUUACAGUAGGUUGCGUUUUCUGGUCUUCAUGGUUUCUUAUACAAGAAAGGAUUGGCAAAAAGUAUCCAUAUCGAUACUCUAGCACAGCCAUUAUAUCACUCUUUGCUGCCAUUCAAUCCGCAAUAUUAAAUUUGAUCAUCCAUAGAAAUAAUGCCAAAUGGAUUCUCAAAGGAAAGCUACAAAUAAUGACUGUUGUAUACUCUGGGCUGGUGGGAUCAGGCUUGUGCUAUGUGGCAAUGGCAUGGUGUGUCAAACAAAAGGGACCAGUUUUUACAGCAGCAUUUACCCCACUUAUACAGAUGUUUGUGGCUGUGCUUGAUCUUUGUAUAUUACAAGAGGAAAUUUAUCUAGGAAGUGUUGUAGGAUCAGUCUUGGUUAUUUCUGGCAUGUAUAUGCUCCUAUGGGGUAAAAGUAAAGAGAGGGAACAAUGUGCCUUGAAGGACACUCAAGAAAAUCAAAAAGAUGAAGAAUGUCACUAACAAUACCACCAAUCCUACUAUGAAUAAUUUUGAGAUCAGUGAUCUCUCUAUAUACUAAGGCCUUAGGGGGAACAAGAUUUCUCAGAUACUGAAGACUUGUUUUACAUCAGUCCAGGAGCAGUAGCAGUGAAAUUGUAACAUAAUAUUAAUAGUGACACCUUAGCCAGCAUAUCCCUAGUGUUAUUAAUUAUACCUUACUACAAGCAUAUCAAAAAGAAAGUCUUGUUUUAUUGAUAACUUCUAUUGAAAAUAUUGUAGCUAAAUGAUUAAUUAAUAUCGACCAUAUCAAUAUCUUAUUUAUCACAAAA